CUAGAACGUUCAGCUAAUCCAUUCCAGAUCUUAUUUCUACCUGGCUUUGAAGCUUUCUUCACAUUAUUCAUCCAUAUAUAUAAAUAAAUACGGUAAUUCGAAGAAUUCCAAUCAAUUAAUCAAUCAAUUAGAUAUCAAUUACCUUCACCCCAUAUUUAGUGCUUUCUAGUACGGCCCACCCAUCAUUAUAUUGUUCCGCACAACCCUGAGCUCUUGCAUCUCGUCAUAAUAAUACUCGACAUAAUAUUCCCGAGACUUUUACAAAGACACAACUUCCAUACAAUUAGCUCACAAUAAGCCAACAACCCGAAAUAUACAGCAAAGAUGUCUACACCAAGCGAUCUCCAACAACUUCUCGACAUGGGCUUCGACAAGGAAAAGGCCGAAAUUGCAGUCAAGAAGACGGGCGGAUUGAACGGGGCUUUGCAAUGGCUUGAAGACAAUCAAGACAAAAGCAUCGAAGAAAUCCGAACUGCAGAAGCCGCUGCAGCACCAGAAUCCGACGAGACAAACCCCAACAUCGAGCCAGCGCCACUCAAGGAUGGGGAAGAAGCUAAGUCGAUGGUCUGCACCGAUUGUGGCAAGAAGUUCCGAUCCAUGAUGCAGGUUCAGUUCCACGCUGAGAAGACUCAACAUGAGAACUUCGAGCAGUCAACCGAAGAGAUCGCCCCUCUCACCGAAGAAGAGAAGCAGCAAAAGCUCGCAGAGCUCCGUGAGAAGGCAAAGGAAAAGAGGGCAAAGCAGGCCCUUGUUGACAGAGAAGAGGCCAAGCGCAAUGAACAAAUCCGAAUGAAGUCCACAAAGGAAGUCUCGGACGCCAAAGAGAAGCUCGCAAAGGACCAACAGAUCAAGGAGGCACAAGCUAAACGUGCCGAGAAAGCCGCCGAUGUCCAAGCCAAGAAGCGCAUCCAAGAGAAGAUUGCUGCCGAUAAAGAGGAACGUCGUCUGAAAGCCGAAGCAGCCAAAGCUCUCCGCGAAGGUCGUGCUCCUCCAGCACCAGCAGCAGCUCCAGUGGCCGCCCCCGCAGCUUCAUCCGGUGCCCCGAAAGUCCACACCGAAUCUCGACUGAGAUUACAAACUGCCACCGGGGUUAUGACUAAGACGUACCCUGUUGAUACCACCCUUUUUGAAAUCUCCCAGCAGCUCGAGGCCGAGCUCGGUUCUGUAACUAGUUUCACCAUGACCUACCCAAAGAAGACCUUUGAGGGUCCCGUCGAUUUCGGGAAGACCUUGAAGGAGGCCGGGUUAAUACCUUCUGCUGUCUUGAUCGUCAAAUAAAGGGCAGACUACUGGAAGUGGGCAUUGGGGAGAGGUGGGUGGCGUUCAUGGAACGAAAACAUGCAUGGUUGGUGUUUGGGCGUGAUGGCGUGGAUCGAUUACAUGCAGAGUUUGUUACAGAGACUAUUAUUCUUUUGGAGCAUCUUUUAUACACAACACAGUAAGCAAUUUAUAAGUCAAAAAGCAAGCGGAACUUGAAUAUCAGCGAGCAGUUUAGCGAUUCCUUCCCUUCACA